AUGAGCCAACUUUUUACCAAUCCACUAAUCUUUUCCAAUUUAAUCCAUUAACCUUAGCCAUUUACAUAACAUUUUCACUUUUAAAAUCCUCUAUAAACUUAUUAUUCAUAAUUUUAAGUACCAUGCAAUUUUGCCCCAAUUCAUAACCACUAGAGUGAGCAGUAUAUAUAGUUAUAAUUACCAUUUAAUGGAUAUCCUGAUUAUGGUAAUCCUCUUACUUAUCCUGUAAUGCACACUGAGAUCUCCACAACCUCUUAAAAAAUGAGUUUGGCUAUUGCAGAUUCUCAAACAACUAAUCAAAUUAUGGAUCCCUUACAACAACAUCUUUUCAACAAAUAAAAGCUACGUGAUUACAUCUUGUUAAUCAUUGACGACCAUCAUCAGAUCAAUGAUAUUGCAUAAAACCUUAGAAAUAUCAAUCAGGCUCAAUUAGCCAAAAUCUUGGAAAUUUUAGCUACCAAAUAGUCAUAGCAAAUCAAGAGUCGAGAAGAAUUAAUCAAGUUUUGUCUAAGAAAAGCAUUCAGGUUCAUAUUUAAGAAAAUAUCUGAACGAGACAACAUUACAAGUACUAUUGUAAACAAUCUAUUAGAAACUAAAUUAAAAACAGCUCGAUAAGAAUUUCUAACUAUUAUGGAGUAGGAAAAGAAGAUUCCACUUGUUCUUCCAUUUAGAAAAAACAGUAAAAACAAAACAAUGAACAAUGAUUUUUUAAAAGAAGUAUUUUCAUCUCAAAUUUUUCAAAGCUUUUAUAAAGAGUUUUUAGAACACCUAGACGAUACAAUAUAGGCAGACAGAAAGAAGAAGAUUGAUAAAUUAUAGGACAAAAUUUGGUUGAGUUUAAGGAAUAACAAAAUAACGACCUUUGAUAUUAAACGACUUCCUUGGACACUCAAAAACACAGAAAGAGUGAAGUCUAUAGCCUUUGAAUUGUUAACAUUUUCAUAAAAUCAUUAAAAUUGA